AUGGCCAAGGCAAUGCUGCAUUUUCUUCCAUAUGCGUUGUUGCUUGCAGCAUUUGUGCUAGCUUGCCAUGGCCAAGAGAGAAAGGUUCAUAUCGUGUACAUGGGAGAGCGGCCUAAGGGGGAUUUUUCUGUUGCUUCCACACACCAUUCAAUGCUGGAAACUGUGCUUGGAAGUACUUCGUCAGCCAAGGACUCACUGAUCUAUAGUUAUGGGAAGAGCUUUAAUGGAUUUGCAGCAAGAUUAUCUGAUGAAGAAGUUGCAAAGUUAUCAGAAAUGGAAGGUGUGGUUUCAGUUCUUCCAAACCACAAGCUAAAGCUUCACACAACAAGGUCAUGGGACUUCAUGGGUUUCAGCAAAGGCACACUUCCAGCACCUAUAGAAGGAAAAGUUAUUAUUGGGGUUCUAGACACAGGAAUCUGGCCAGAAUCCGAUAGCUUCAACGACGAUGACUUUGGCCCUCCACCUUCAAAAUGGAAGGGGAAAUGCACAGGUGCCAACUUCACCUGCAACAACAAACUCAUUGGAGCCCGCUACUACAACAGCGAAGACAACUAUGACACCACUGACAUCAAAUCGCCAAGAGACUCUGAAGGACAUGGAAGCCACACCGCUUCGACUGCCGCAGGCCGGGAGGUGCCAGCAAGUUACUUUGGGCUAGCUGCUGGAACCGCCAGAGGUGGAGUCCCCAAUGCUAGGAUUGCUGUGUACAAAGUCUGUUGGGCAUCUGGAUGUGCUUCUGCAGAUAUCCUUGCAGCAUUUGAUGAUGCAAUAGCAGAUGGAGUUGAUAUUAUAUCCACUUCACUUGGCGCUCCCUUUCCACUUGAAUAUUUAGAAGACCCUAUUGCUAUUGGGUCAUUCCACGCCAUGAAAUACGGUAUAUUGACCUCAAGUUCUGCUGGAAACUCCGGGCCUUUUCCAGCAACAGUUUCUAAUUAUGCACCUUGGAUUUUGACCGUUGCUGCCAGCACCAUUGAUAGAAGAUUUGUAGCGAAAGCAGUUCUUGGAAAUGGAGAAAUUUAUUCUGGACUUUCUGUUAAUAAUUUCGACCUUAAUGGGAAGUCGUAUCCCUUAAUUUGGGGAGGAGAUGCUGCAAACUUCUCUGCAGGUGCUAACUCAGUGAUAUCAAGCCAAUGUUUUCAUGGGGCCAUGAAUUCGUACAAAGUAAAGGGAAAGAUUGUUUUCUGCGAAAGAAUCGGGGAUGGUGCUGGCAUUCUGUCAGCUGAUGGUGUGGGUGCAAUUAUGGCUGAUUCGUUAUUCACCGAUUUUGCAUUCAGUUUCCCGUUAUCAGCAACAGUGAUCACCACAGAAGAUGGUCAAAGAGUUUUGGACUAUAUCAGAUCAACAGAGAAUCCAGUUGCAACAAUUCUGGUUGGUGAGACGGACAAGGAUGUCAUGGCACCAUACAUUAUAUCAUUUUCUUCCAGAGGACCCAACCCCAUAACCCCAGAUAUUCUCAAGCCUGAUCUCACUGCCCCUGGUGUUGAUAUACUUGCUGCUUGGUCUCCAGUGGCACCGCCUUCCAUUGACUUUGAAGACACCAGGAGUGUCGAAUAUAACAUCAUCUCUGGGACUUCCAUGUCCUGCCCUCAUGCCAGUGGGGCUGCUGCCUAUGUCAAGGCUGCCCAUCCAAAAUGGUCAGCUGCUGCAAUCAAAUCUGCCCUCAUGACCACAGCUCAUGUCCUGGACCCAAAGAAGAACGAUGAACUCGAAUUUGCUUAUGGUUCUGGUCAUAUCAACCCUCUGAAAGCAGUUAAACCUGGGCUCGUCUUUGAUGCAUCAGAAGCAGACUAUGUACAUUUCCUCUGCAAACAGGGCUACAAUACAACCACAUUAAAGCUUAUCACUGGUGACAACAGCAGCAGCUGUGGCAGAACAAAGCCAGGAAGAGCGUGGGAUCUCAACUAUCCAUCAUUCUCUCUCGCAGUUGAAGAUGGCCAAAAGAUCGACGCUGUCUUUACCAGAACAGUCACCAAUGUUGGCUCACCAAACUCAACCUAUUAUAUUAAUGCAUACACUCCCUACUCCAGGGUUUCUGUAACACCAUCCACCCUGUCUUUCUCUGCCGUUGGCGAGAAGAAAUCGUUCACUGUGAAGGUAAGUGGUCCGCCGAUUUCACAGCAGCCAAUUGUAUCUGGUGCAGUCCUUUUGACAGAUGGGGCCCAUGUGGUGAGAAGUCCAUUUGUUAUAUACACAAUCCUCCCUGGUGCUGCUUAUCCCUCCAACUCCAUACUUGAGAAAAGACCAAGCUUCAAAGGUUCCUCCUUGUAUCACGGAAAUGGGAUCCCUGGACGCAACUAA